AUGAACUCGUCUUAUAGUACUUUUGGUUUCGAAAGCAGCUUUGAAACAUUGGUGAUCGAUGAAUUUGGAAUAAAGUCCCAUAAAAACCACGCGAACUAUUCACAGGAGAAUGGCGGCGAUGAUUUUGUGGAUUUGUCGCUGAAGUUAAGGGGCGGAAAGACGCAAGAUAAACCAACAAUUAUUCAACCAUCACGAGAGGAAACUAUUCAGGAUCCGUGGGUACCAUCUUUGUGUUCCACGAGCCCGACGCAUUUAUCGAUAAAAUAUGAAUUCUAUGCAAAGCGGCUACCAUUUCUUGCGAGAUUCGAAAUGAUAAGAUUGUCGAAACCUUUUGGACCGAUAGGAGCUUCGGAAAUGAUAUGGGAUGAAUUGGUUAAUCAUACCGACUUUCAUACUUUUACAAAAAUAUGUCGUAACAAACUUGAACAUUGCAAUAUCAAGAACAACAUACAGUCAGAGAUGAGGAAAUUGAUACCCUACACUGGAUCAUUAUGGAAAAUCGGGGAACAGCUCGUGACAUCAAAGAAAGGCUCAGCCUUGCAUACGAUAUUUUCGGCGAAUGUCAUUAUGAAAAGCGGGAAAUUGUAUAUAGGGUUAAACCCGCCGAAGGCUGGACUGUCAAAAAGAAUCUAUCGGAUGUAUUCAUCCGAGAGAAUACUACAAGUAAAGGUAGACAUGAAUUUUGAGUCUUUGGACAAUCAACAGAGAAAGCGUUUGAAAAGUUUGUUAUUGAAUCCGUUAUCACUUGCCGGUCGUACUUACGAGUUCCUUUAUGCAAGAGAAGGAACCCUAUUCUACUUUGCAACAAAUGGAAUAGAUAUUAAAAGCAUAUCUAUAUGGGGUGCAAUCGAUAAUCUAAUGCCUCUAGAGAGGAACAUCGAAAUGACCAAAGCGAAAUUUUGCAGUCGCAUCGCGCUGAGCUUCUCAAACACCACGCCAACUAUAGUGUUUGAACCCCAUCAAAUAAUAUAUAACGUUCCUGAUAUUGAGGAUGGUUAUGGACAUUGUUUUACGGAUGGUUGUGCUGCCAUAUCACUCGCAGCGAUGAGGAAAAUCGCGGAUAUAAUGGGCUGCGAUGAAACUCCGUAUUAUAUUCAAGGUCGCAUUGGAGGUGCCAAAGGAAUUUGGUACCUUGAUCUACGACCAAGGUAUGACAAUGAACUCAUAUGGAUUGAAAUACGCAAGUCUCAGUCGAAAUAUCAAGUGGAAAAUUUGAUUAAAAAUGAUAAUGUACAUCAUCGAACCAUGGAGGUCCUCAAUGUCAAAUUAUCCCUUAAAACUUCGGCAGCCCUAAACACGCAGUUCAUAAGGGUAUUGGAAAACGGUGGAGUUCCUUCUACCGUGUUCACGGAAUUGAUGAAGGAGAGCAUGGAAAGGGUGAAGUGCCAAAUUAUAGGCAAUCAUGAUCCUUGUUCUCUAAGGGCAUGGGUUAUGAAAUGUGGAAAUAUAUUUUGGAGGCGAUCAGGUUCCGAACUUUUUGAUAAUGAAUCAUCGCCCUCAACAUUUAAUAAUACAGCCACCCUGACAUCCGGGUGGUGUGAUUUAACUUAUGAACAAUGUAUCGAGAUGUUAGAUGCUGGUUUCACACCGGACAAUUGCACGUUUCUGGCAAAGAAUUUAAAAAAAAUCUUGAUGAUUCAAUUUAGAGUUUUUGAGAAUAAAUAUAGGAUUGACGUUCCGCUGUCACGUGUUGUCACGUGUAUUGCUGAUCCCACAGGAACUCUACUUCCUGGUCAGAUAUUUUUGCAACUUGAUAGAGAAGCAGGGGUUGAUGAGAGGACGGGUCUGCGAUUUGGUAUAAUUGAAGGGGAUGUGAUAUUGGCCCGAAACCCAUGUGGUCUGCCAUCAGACAUAGUCAAAGUUAAGGCGGUGAAAAAUUCAUGCCUUAAUAGCUAUUAUAACGUUGUUAUAUUUCCGGCGGUUGCACAGAAAGGGGAAGGUUCUUUGGCGGAUAGGUUGAGUGGCGGUGAUUAUGAUGGUGAUAAGGUCUUUGUUUGUUGGGAACCUCGAAUUGUCUCUCCAUUUAAUAAUUCCACAGUUCUCGAAAUCCAGUCCGAGGUUGAAAAGGCGUUUACCAAGUGCACGGAAACCAUGAAAGAAUAUUUGAAAAACGAUGGACCGGGUUCACGAACAUGUAAAGUUCAGGCGCUCAUCUUAGAUAAUUUCUUCAACGAAAGCCUUGUUCCAAUUGGGAUGUAUGAUAGAUAUCACCGAUUGCAAUCAUCACAUUACGGCAUAUCUGAUCCGAAGUCGAUCUAUCUUGCGCAAGUAUACGCUCGACUUAUCGACGUCACAAAGCAAGGGGAGAUAUUGAAUAAAAAUGUACAGAUCCGGGAUGAUCUUGAAUACGGAAGACUUCCGGUACCAUGUUGGAUGGAAAAAUCAAAUGAUAUGACUCAACCCAAAAGUAGAAUUCCCAGUAAAGUCUCCUGUAGGGCGAUGGAUGAGUUAUAUAAAAUGGUUAAAAACGAGAUCCGCAUCAUAAACUCACCCAACUUUUACGUCUCGAGUUCCAGUCCACCUCACAUAGAUCCUCACAUACAAAAUUAUUGGUUGGGACAUAUGCGUAAAGCCAAAAGUAUGAAUGAUAAAUCGUUCUUGCACGACUUACGCUUAAUAGCUGAUAUUCAAGGUUACAUAGUAACAGGAUAUAAUUCUGGUUAUGCAAAAGCGCUGAGAAAGAAGAUCGAUUAUGCCGACCUACUCCGUUCGCCAGACAUUUUUAACAGAAAUAGAGAGAAAGAUGCCAAGAAUUUCUUGUGUCAAGAAAAACUCGUGGCAAUAGAUUUAGAAUAUUUGGAGAAGUUUACGAACGAACCGCCCGUUCACCAAUAUAAAAGUGAAAUACUCCGAAACGUCGAUCGAUCAGAUCCUGAUUCGGAGAUAACAAUGUUUGAGUUGAUGUUAAAAGCCUCAGCUUUAUAUACAACGAUGUGUACUUCAAAACCCGACGGCACAUGCUGUUGGAAAUUGGCCUUUAGGGCACUAUGUAACAUUAAAGCGAGGAUGGUCCAAAGGGAAAAGAAUGGAAUUAUAGGAGGGCCAAGAUGCGUGGUGGACGAUGUGUGGAAUUCAUUGAACGUAGAUAAGGGUUGGACCAAUCGUAAUCAGGGUUAG